UGAUGUAUAAUAUACAAUAAUGAGAAACCCUGUGGAGACAACAAAUGGUGGGUGAAGAAAUGAGCACAGAGUCGGGAUUCUUUCUUCCAGUUGAAAAUGUCCAAGCUCUCGCUUCCAACAACUCAGGUGAAAUACCAAGCCGGUACCUCCGGCCGGAACUCCAGUCAGAAGAAGUUUUGGCGGACGAGUCUAUCCAGAUUCCCACCAUAGAUAUGAGGAAGCUCAUGGUUGCUGAAGAUGAGAUGGGUAAACUUCACUAUGCCUGUAAAGAAUGGGGCUUCUUCCAGUUGAUAAAUCAUGGGGUAGCAGAAGAAGUAAUUGAGAAAAUGAAGGCAGACCUUCAAGAGUUCUUUAAAUUGCCACUAAAGGAGAAGAAUGCAUAUGCAAAACUACCAAAUGGGGUUGAAGGUUAUGGCCAACACUUUGUUGUUUCCCAAGACCAGAAGCUUGAUUGGGCUGAUAUACUUUUUCUUCAAUGCCGGCCAGCCUCUGAAAGAAAUAUGAGGUUCUGGCCUCAAGAACCCACUUCUUUCAGGGCAACCUUCGACAAGUAUUCAUCAGAGCUCCAAAAAGUUUCAAUCUGCCUUUUGGAGUUGAUGGCUAAGAACCUUAAGGUCGAUCCUGGGCAGCUCAUGAAUAUGUUUCAAAAGGGAAGACAACAGAUAAGAAUGAAUUAUUAUCCCCCUUGUGUGCAUGCAAGCAAGGUUAUAGGUCUCACUCCCCACUCAGAUAUUUGUGGACUUACCCUUCUUGCUCAAGUCAAUGAAGUACAAGGCUUGCAAAUAAAGAAAAAUGGUAAAUGGAUACCGAUAAGGCCUGUCCCCGGUGCAUUCAUCGUCAACAUUGGCGACAUUCUUGAGAUAAUGAGCAAUGGGGAAUACAAGAGCAUAGAGCAUAGAGCGGUGGUGAACCCAGAGACGGAACGCCUCUCCAUCGCAGCAUUCCAUUCUCCUAGUGUUGAGACAAUCAUUGGUCCUUUACCAGAGCUUGUAAAGGAGAAUGGUGCAAUCUAUAAAUCUGUAAGUAGGGAGGAGUAUUAUAAAUUUGCAUUUAGCAGGAAACUUGAUGGUAAAAGUAUAAUCAGUCAUAUGAAGUUGGAGAACUGAAAGACCAUGAUAACCAUGUAUUGUUGAAAGAAUUGAGUUGAAUAAUCAUGUGAUCAAUGGUGAUUUAAGACAA